ACUAGGGCCUGGCCAAUUGAGUCAGUCCCGCCAUAGAGACCGUCGAGCACGGACGCGAAGGGAUUUGCUAAAUAUUCUGUUGGACUCUAGAUAAGAUGCGAACGACAGCGAUGCUGUUGCUGCUGCUGGGCCUUUUGGCCAUCCAUUACGUCCAUGAAGGAGUAGCUCAUGUAUUGCCCUUUGCCGGCACAUAUCUGAUCCCUCAGGCUGGGCCAAUUCUGUUGCUAGUGCAACCCCCACCACCCCCACCCCCAGAGGAUGAUGGCUCAUACAAAUCUCCCGGCCCCGGAGAAGAUGGCCUGUGGAAGCCCCAGCCCGGACAGGAGGGAGAGCCAGAGCCAGAACCAGAACCAGAGCCAGGGCUCAGCCAGAGUCAAAGUGGAAGCGCCAGCUCGGAUGCCGGUUCAGCUGAUGAUGGAGGCUCCCUGAGCUCGGACAGCUCUGGGUCUGCUGCAUCCGAAGAUGCGGCCGCUGGUGAUGCCUCGGGCGGAGCAGGGGGCGGUGGAGCAGGGAGCGGUGGAGCAGGUGGCGGCGUAGCAGGUGGCAGCGGCGGAACGGGGGGCAGUGGCGGUGGGGGCGGCGCAGCGGGUGGUGGCGGAGCUGGGGGCGGCGGCGGUGGAGGAGGAAUAGUCACGUCCGGUCAGAGCGGAGAGACUGGACAGCCGGGAGCGCCCAGUCCGUCUGGGCCACAGCCUGACGGCGAGGACGGCGCCGAUGGAGCCGAUGGUCCAGAUGGACCUGAUGGUUCCAAGGGCGGGAAAGGAGGGAGAGGCGGAAAGGGAGCACGCAAUGGCGCCGGCGGCGGGGCUGGAGGAGGAGGAGCCGCACCCCAACCGCCACCACUUCCGGUAGCUGUUCUGGUCCCAGCCCCCGUGUGGCCCGAUCCGGAGGUGAAUUUGAUCCACGUUAUCUAGAUGCACUGCCGACCCUUCUGCCAUUUCCCAUUUAUGUACCUUUUGAUAGCCGAUUAAGCAUACAAUAGUCCUAGGUCUAGUCAAUGUUUCUGGAACUCACAUUACCUUAAGCUGAAGCAAACGAAUAUUAAAAUUCCAUUACACAGUGUA